AUGGCGUCGAGCACCGGGGAGAUCGCUCCCGGUCCUAGCACACCCGCUGUGGCAAAUGCUGCUCCUCCGCCGGCGACCACCAUGGAGGUCAAGAUGGGUGCCCGGCUGCUGGCAGCGGCGGCGUGCUCAGGCACUUCCAAGAAGCUUGAAUCGCUUCUCGACGGGCGAGCAACCGCCCCCGGCAACGGCAACGUCGGAAACCUGGCAAUGCAGCCAGCUUCUCCUCCCGGCGACGAAGAAGCAUUCCUCCGAGAGUCGCUCGUGUACGCGGUCACCACGGGAGGUGACACUCUUCUCCAUGUCGUGGCCGCCACCAUUUCUUAUCACGAGGAUUUCUUGAAAAAAGCUGGUUUCAUCUACGGGAAGGCACCAGACCUCCUCUUCAUGCAGAACAGCAGGGGAGAUACACCCUUGCAUUGUGCUGCACGAAUGGCGAACAUCAAAAUGGUGUCUCUUCUCAUUGAUCUUGCUAGAGGCGAGGACGGCAGCACUAACAGAGUAAAGGCACUGCUACGAACAGAAAAUAAGAUCAAUGAGACAGCCUUGCAUGAGGCUGUGAAGUCUUUUUUUGUUGGACAACAUGAAGUAGUCAAGUUGCUCAUGGAGGAGGACUCACAAUUAGCCAGUUUUCCGAAAAAUGGUGCUUCGCCGCUAUACCUGGCCAUCUUAAUGCAAAGAAAAAGCAUCGUGAAAACACUCUACGAGUUGAGCGGCGGGGUUAUUUCAUACUCUGGACCAAAUGGACAAAAUGCAUUGCAUGCUGCUGUUCUCCGAGGCAAAGAUCUUACAGAGAUGCUGUUAGGAUGGAACAUCAACCUUACAACACAACAAGAUGAUAAUGGAAAUGCAGCUCUUCACUUAGUUGCAUCUGUACUCCAUCAAAGAGACCUAAGAGCCAUACGUUUGCUUCUACUGAAGGCCAAUCCAGAUGCAUUAUAUCAAGCGGACAACAAUGGAUCAUUCCCCAUACAUGUGGGUGUAAAACCUGCCAUCAGUGAUUUUCUUAUGGAGUCACCCAGUUGUGUUGGUUUUUGUGAUGCUAGGGGAAGGACAGUUCUUCAUGUUGCAGUUGAAAAAGGGGAAAUGUGGAGAGUCCGUUUUGCUUGCAGCAACCGAUCUUUAUCAUGGAUUUUGAAUAUGCAAGACAACAAAGGAAACACGGCCAUGCACCUAGCUGUACAGACAGGGAACUUUACGAUGUUCUGUGCUCUAUUGGGGAAUACAAAGGUAGACUUGAAUUUAACAAAUAAGAAAGGAGAGACUCCGUUUGAUAUAGCACGUUCCAAGCUUAUUAUCAAAGGUCUACAUAGUAACCAGAACAGCUCAGCAAAAAUACACUGGACACUCGGAUAUGUUGGUGCUAAGUCAGGUAUUUAUCGCCGGGAUUACUUUGAAGAAAAAAAGGAAAUCGUCCAAGCAAGACAGAAUGAAACACGUACAAUUGAGAAUGUGAAAGAUGGGACACAAAGCCUAUGUAUUGGCUCCGUACUAAUAGCAACCGUGACAUUUGGUGCAAGUUUCGCCAUGCCUGGAGGUUAUAGAGCUGAUGAUCACACUAACGGAGGCACACCAACACUUGCUGGAAGGCUUGCUUUUGAUGCAUUCAUGAUAGCCAAUUCGUGUGCAUUCACUUGCUCCAUGAUAGCGACAAUUGCUCUUAUGUUUUCCGGAUCUCCCAUGCAUAACCCUCAGAGCCGGUUAGUUCACUUAGGCACGGCCUUUGGUUUCAUGUCAAUUUCGAUUACAUGCUUGAUAGCGGCCUUUGCACUUGGUACCUAUAUGAUGCUAGCUCAAGUUGCUCAUAAGAUAGCCAUUGCAGUAGAUGUCAUGAGUUCUCUCAUAUUGCUCUAUCAAAGUUUGGAAAUUGCAAUCAAGAAUAGUCUUCUUGUAUCGCCACUCUGUAGAAGGAAGGGGAUAUGUCAGAAGAGAGUCUGGACAUUCCCAUUGACAGCAGUCACAUUCGUGGGCAGUAUUAUAAUUCAACUUUGGCCCAUAGCAGUCAUCUUUUGUUUGACUGCAUUAAGUCACACCCGUGGCAAAGGGGAACCUGAAGCACAACCACCGACACCGCUAGCUUGA